GAGGAAUCAUUUGAAAGACUUUGGGAAGUGAGCUCACGCCUUGAACUACCACUUAAGUAGUUAGGUGUGGUAUUUGCAGCUGUGCCGCUUCACUUUGUUUUUAGGGUUUUUUAGAGUCUCUCUUUCUUUUUACCUUUCUCAUCGCCUCAGUCGAGACACAAAAUUCAAAUAUGAGCCUCCAUCCCCAAGUCAAGUGGGCCCAGAGACCUGAUGUGGUGUAUCUCACAGUGCUAUUACCAGAUGCUAAAGAUUCGAAAGUAAACCUGGAUCCAGAAGGAGUUUUUACCUUCAGUGCUACAGCUGGGGCAGGAGAUCGUCACUAUGAGCUGAAACUUGAGCUCCUGGAUAAAGUUAAUGUUGAGGAGAGCAAAAUAAGUAUUGGCGUGAGAAGUAUAGUCUGCGUUUUGCAAAAAGCAGAGCCAAAAUGGUGGAACAAAUUAUUGCGUGGAGAUGCGAAAACACCACACUAUGUGAAAGUAGAUUGGGAUAAGUGGGUGGAUGAAGAUGAUGAAGCUGAUGCUGGUCCUGGCGAUAUGGAUAUGAACUCAAUGGAUUUCUCGAAAUUCGGUGAUAUGGGUGGAAUGAUGGGUGGAAUGGGAGGUGAUAUGGCUGGAAUGAUGGGUGGAAUGGGUGGAAUGAUGGGUGGGAUGGGUGGCAUGAUGGGCGGGAUGGGAGGUGAUAUGGCUGGAAUGAUGGGUGGAAUGGGAGGUGAUAUGGGGGAUGACCUUGAUGAUAGCGAUGAUGAAGAGCAAGAAGUGACAAAGCCUUCAGCUAAAGCUGAUGAGAAGGUAGAUGGGGAGCCUAAGGAAGAAGGCAGCAAGGUAGCUGAUGAGGCUAAAUAGGGAAAAAGUGGGAGCUCCGCCAGGCUCUCGAGUGCAUAAAUAGAGGUUGUUGCAGAGAUUGUUGGCUUUGCUUUCAGCAAUGCACUAGAGUGGCAUGGUUAUAAGUAGUCCCUUUCAGUUCAUGAAAGUAGAGAAAGCUUGUUGCGCUUGGGAGUUUGCUGUGAGGGACAUUAUCAUUUUCAUCCACCUGAGCUGGAAAACAUACCUCUAUUCUCUAAAAUUUGGGUUUUUGUAAUAUUGUUUAAGUUCGACUGAAAAUGGUGUUUUUGAAUGACUUGGAUCAAAUCUCUGUACCUUUCUGAACUGCCAUCUCUCUUUUUCGUG